GAGUACUUUGUUUUGUAGCAGAAGAUCCUUGGCUUGUAAAUCAAGUUGUCUGAGAAGAGUACAUGGUGUCUGAGACAGUUCUCAACUCAAGAUAGGAAGGUGCAAAGUUCCAUCUUUGUGGCAGAGUCAAUUCAUCAAGUCAGAGUUGUGGUGAGAGAAUGGAAGUCACAGAGCAGAACAAAGCCAAGGUGGUGGUGAUUGAUUCUUUCCAAUCAUGGGAAUCCCAUGUCACCCAGGCCUCUAAUCAGAAUAGUCCUGUUGUCGUUCACUUCACUGCUUCAUGGUGCAUGCCAUCGGUGGCUAUGACUCCUGUUUUUGAGGAGCUGGCUUCAAGCUAUCCGGAUGUUCUGUUUCUCAGUGUUGAUGUUGAUGAAGUCAAGGAGGUAGCCACCAGAAUGGAUGUAAAGGCAAUGCCAACAUUUUUGUUUCUGAAGAACGGCGCCACAUUGGACAAGGUGGUCGGUGCCAAUCCAGAAGAGAUAAAGAAAAGGAUAGAUGGAUUGGCUGAGUCCAAUCGUGUCUCACUGGCUUAGUAGUUAAACAUCUGUAUGAUGUUUUGCUGUUGCAAGUUGUAAGACAUGCGCUUGUGGUCCUGCACUGCACUAUCAUCUGAGUCAAAUCUUUUUCUGAUGUUGUAUAAGUGUAAUUUCCAAGUUUCAUUAGCACAACACUUUGGUUAAUGGUUAAUACCCUUUGAUUUUUUAUCAGCCAAAAUUUUACAUUUUGUAGUUUUGGUUGUUAUGGGUUUAUGGUGCUCUUACCCUGGAAGUUGUGAAUUUAAGAGUUGUGUCCUGCUGUCUUUGUAUUGUAUUGGUUCCUUCGCUAAUGAAAUAUAUAUACGUAUAUUUUCAAAA